AUGGAUUUCGACAGUUUGAAGACCCAGGUCAGCAACCUGACCCUCUACGACCUCAAGGCCGGGGUUCGCAAGGUCCAAAAUGCGGUCAUGAAUCUCACCGAGAUGGAGUCCAAGGUCCGAGAAGCCACGAACGGAGAUCCUUGGGGUGCUUCGGCCUCUUUGAUGCAAGAAAUUGCUCAGGGAACACAUAACUAG